AUGAUCCCCUUCACCUUCCUCGCCCUCCUCAUCCUCGCUUCCUACCUCAUCUACCAUCAUGUUAUAUACCCCUACUUCCUCUCACCGCUUUCUUCCAUCCCUAACGCUCACCUCACGUCUCCCUUAUGCGGGCGCUGGAUUGAGCACAAGCGCAGCACAGGCACAGAAGUCCUCGCCAUUGAUGCCCUACACCAAAAGCACGGCCCCAUCGUCCGUCUCGGUCCAGAGGAACUGAGUGUCAAUUCCAUCCACGGUCUAAAAGUCAUAUAUACCGGUGCUUUCGAGAAGCACGCCUUCUACAACGAUGCCUUUGUCAAUUUCAACGUUGAAAACAUGGUCGGCAUGGUGCACAAUGCGCCACACGCUCACCAGAAGCGCAUGCUGAGCAAGACCUUCUCCAAGUCGUUUCUCCAGGAAUCUGGUGAUCUGCAGACGAUCUCAAAGGUUGUCCUGUGGGAUCGAUUGAUGCCUAUUCUCAAGAAAGCGGGGAAUGAUGGAGAAGUGUUGAAUGUCCUGCCGACGUUCCAAGCUGUUGGGAUGGACUUUACUUCCUCAUUCUUGUUUGGGUUGAGACGAGGGACGAGGUAUCUGUUCAAUAUCCCGGAGUGGAUUAUUUGGCUGGAGGAGUAUGAGAAGUUCAAGUUUUUGAGUCGGGACGACCGGUACAUGGGGUUCAUUGAGCUGUGGUGCAUGGAGCUUUGUGAACGAACGGAGGCGUCCAGGAUUGAGGUCCUCGGUGAUGAGGAGAAAUUGCUGCCAUCCACGAAUCCAGUCAUCUAUGACCAGUUGCAGCAGAGCCUCCUUUCUCAGAAAGAACUCGAUCCGCGUCCGCUGAAUCUAGCAAUCGCGUCCGAAUUGCUGGACCAUCUAGUUGCAGGUCAUGAAACGACUGGCAUCACAUUCACAUACAUGAUGUGGGAGCUAUCGAAGCAGCCGAAGCUUCAAGCUAAGCUGCGAAAGGAGCUAAUGACCGUAUCUCCGUCCCUACGGUACCCAGGCUCGAGCACAGGGGGAGAUAAUGACCUCCCUUCUCCUUCCGCCAUAGACGCCCUUCCCCUGCUUGACGCCAUGGUCCGCGAGACCCUUCGUCUUCAUUCCCCAGCUCCAGCCCAACUCCCCCGCAUUACUCCCACCACAGAAAAGGGCACAACUCUACAUGGGUACGACAACAUCCCGGGCGGCGUAAGAGUCAGCUCAACUGCUUACUCCCUCCACCGAAUCGACGAGGUCUACCCGCACCCUCUAGAAUGGCUGCCAGAGCGAUGGCUCCAGGCAGGCGACAAUAUUCACGACAUGAGGCGACUAUUCUUUGCAUUCGGGAGCGGCGGGCGCAUGUGUCUAGGGAGUAAUUUUGCAUUGCAAGGUGCGUCCCUUAAAUAUGGAUCUUCGAGGAUGAGGCUAAUGAAUGCAGAAAUAAAAUUGGUCAUGGCGGCGGUGUAUUCAAACUUCACAACAUCUACUAUAGACGAUGAAGGCAUUGAGCAGCACUACGAAUUCAUUGCGCUGCCGCGUGGAAGAAAGUUAAUGUUGAAGUUUACGCCAGUCGAUGAUUAA